AUGCAAAUCUUUGUGAAGACCCUGACUGGCAAGGCCAUCACUCUGGAAGUGGAGCCCCGUGAUACCAUUGAAAAUGUCAAGGCCAAGAUCCAGGAAAAAGAAGGUAUCCCCCCAGAUCAGCAGCGUCUGAUCUUUGCUGGUAAGCAACUUGAAGAUGGACGCACCCUUUCUGACUACAACAUCCAGAAGGAAUCCCCCCUCCAUCUUGUUCUCCGUCUGAGAGGAGGGAUGCAAAUCUUUGUGAAGAACCCGACUGGCAAGACCAUCACUCUGGAAGUGGAGCCCGGUGAUACCAUUGAAAAUGUCAAGGCCAAGAACCAGGAUAAAGAAGGUAUCCCCCCAGAUCAGCAGCGUCUGAUCUUUGCUGGGAAGCAACUUGAAGAUGGCCGCACCCUUUCUGACUACAACAUCCAGAAGGAAUCCCCCCUCCAUCUUGUUCUCCGUCUGAGGGGGGGGAUGCCACGCUUUGUGAAGACCCUGACUGGCAAGGCCAUCACUCUGGAAGUGGAGCCCCGUGAUACCAUUGAAAAUGUCAAGGCCAAGAUCGAGGAUAAGGAAGGUAUCCCCCCAGACCAGCGGCGUCUGAUCUUUGCUGGUAAGCAACUUGAAGAUGGACGCACCCUUUCUGACUACAACAUCCAGAAGGACUCCACCCUCCAUCUUGUUCUCCGUCGGCGAGGAGAAAUGCAAAUCUUUGUGAAGACCCUGACUGGCAAGACCAUCACUCUGGAAGUGGAGCCCAGUGAUACCAUUGAAAAUGUCAAGGCCAAGAUCCAGGAUAAAGAAGGUAUCCCCCCAGACCAGCAGCGUCUGAUCUUUGCUGGUAAACAGUUGGAAGAUGGCCGCACCCUUUCUGACUACAACAUCCAGAAGGAGUCCACCCUCCAUCUUGUUCUCCGUCUGAGAGGGGGAAACUAGUUUCCUCACAUCAUCAGUUCCCAUACAUCCAACAGUCAUUCCAGUUAUUCAAAUUGUUUACUAUAUAUCAUCAGUCAUUUCCCUUUUGUUUAAUGUUCAUGACAUGGUGUGCUUUGACUUUGAUGACAAUCUUUUUUAAUUAAUGACAUGCAUCUACAGAUUUACAGAUAACCAUCAUUAAAAAACAAUUAUAUGUUAAACUGUUUUUAUAUAAUUGUCUAAACCUGAAUUCUAGACUCUGUUCUUGGCACCUUUUGAAAAUGGGGCAUAUGGAUAUUCUGUCAAUGAUUAAUAAAGUGUUUCUCACCUACA